AUGGAGUUUUUCACAUCAUUGUUUCUAUUUCUGGCAUCGAUUUCUGCAAUUUCGGCACAAUAUGUUCAAGAGUCGGAACUUGUAAUUAAUGGAACUUUACCAAUAUCAUAUAUAGAUGCAAAUUACAUUUGUGCUACCAUCGAUUGGUGGCCUGAUGACAAGUGUAACUACAAUCAUUGCCCAUGGGGGUCGUCAUCUGCUCUAAAUCUGGAUUUAUCUAAUCCGCUUCUUACAAAAGCAGUCCAAGGCUGUCUUCGUAUGGAUAGAUGGGAUGAAUUGAAUCAAUUUUUUGUCAAGACAAGAUCACUUGUCACCUUUGGCUUAAAUGCACUUCGAGGAAGACACCAGAUUAGGAAGGGGGUUUGGGGAAGAAGUUGGAAGUCCAGCAAUGCCCAUGAUUUUAUAAAGUAUACUGUUUCCAAGGGGUAUCAAAUACAUUCAUGGGAAUUUGGAAAUGAGUUGAGUGGUAAUGGUGUUGGUGCCAUGGUCAAUGCUGAACAAAGCGAUGAGAUGGGGAUAAUUCUUACAGGAUGCAUUAGCAGAAGCGAGUCUACACACGAGUUGUGUACCACGAUUUCAUCUCAAGUUCUUCCCAAAGCCAACAAAUAG